UACAAAUAACAGUUAGAUCCAUCUAUUGAAAGUCCCCUUAGCCAACUUUAUGGUCAAAGUGUGUAAUCUACUUCCUUAGAUUUUGAACAAAUUGCAAACUGACUCCACUAUUACCAUCACAUUAUGAAAUUGAAAGUUCUAGACAAAUAUUUCAAUUAAUUAAUUAAUGAUAUCAUACCAUAUAGUAACCCUAGAUAUUUGAGAGUGAGUUGGACACAAGGACACGACCAGAUGACGUUUUUCUCCAAUACUGAACUUGGCAAUAGAUAGUAGUAGUACCAAUUAUUUGCUAUAGCUAAUGAAGUAGUGUCUAAUUGGUGGUAAUGAAUGAAGAUCAUAAACGUCAGGAUAAAGCCAUUGGCUUAGGAAUUGAAACACAUGAAGACCAUGGAAAAAAAUCUCCUGAAUUGAGACCUAUACGAUUAGCAAAGAGAAGUUCAGAACAUCAUCAAGAGUCAACAUCUCAUAUUCAUAAUUCUAGAAGAAGUUCGACUUCAAGUUCGGGUGCUACUGAAGAAUUCCAUUGUCGUCCUAUACGAUUAGGAAGUAGUAGUAUAGUUAGCCGGUCAAGUUCAUCGGUUAAUACUCCAACAUCUCCAACACUUAAACGAAAAUCAAUUCAAAUUAAAGCCCUUCCAAUAUCAUCCGAUCCUGAAGUUAAUAAUUAUGAUAAAAAUCAUGAAUUUCAAUUCUCUCAAGUAGAUCCUAAUAUUGAUGAUAUAGUGUUUGCUAUUUGUAUUGUGGAUUUCCAUCAUCAACGAGGUCCAGAAAUUCAAUGGUGGAAAUCAAACUAUUAUCCAGAAUAUAAACCAUCAUUAUUUAAAAACUUACCAUUUCAAGCUUUACCUGAUGGAUCACAUUUAUUUGAAGAGACAUUUUCAAAUUUUAAUCUUGUUUAUGAUUUUAAAAAUAGUAUUUCAAUCGAUAAUGGUGAAGAUAUUAAUAGUUAUCAAGGUGAUCCUAGAUAUCUUAAAACAUUGUUUGGUUGUUCAUGUGUUCGACAAUUAAAAACCACCGAUAUAUCACCAGAAGAAAGAGAACGUCAUAAAGAUAUAACUCGAUCAAUUGUUCAGAAAUCAGUAGUGAUUAUUGUUAGAAAUAAACCAAUCUUUAGUAAAAUAAAAGAAAAAUUAUCUAUUUGUACUCAUAGUUAUUUUCAACAGAAUAAUUUUAAUAAUUAUGAAAUAUUGGAAAAUUUAUUUGAUAGUUUGAAUAGUACAUUAAAGCAAGAAUUGAUUGAAGAAAGAGAUGAUGCUAUACAACCAGCAUUUAAAUUACAAUCAAGUCCUCUAUUAAAUCAACAACAAAAUGAUGAUGAGAACUUUAUAAAUUUGAAUUUAAAGAAUCUUAUACUUAAAUUUAAAUCCAAUUUCUUAAUAAUCUUUAAGAGUUUAUUCUUAGAAAAGAAAAUCCUUAUAUUCUCUAAUAAUAAUUUAGAAGUUUUAACUCAAUUUCAAAAUAAUUUAAUUAGUUUAAUACCUGAAUUAAUUAAUAAUUUAGAUAAUUCAGGUUGUCCUUUAAUAGAUUAUAUUGAAACUCAUAAAGGUUCAUUAAUUAAACCAACAUCACUUAAUUUAAUGAAUAGAAAAUCAAAACUUCGAUUCUUUGGUUUACCUUUACAAAUAUUUAAUACAAAGAAUAGUUAUUGGAAUCCUUAUUUACCUUUACAACAAUUAAAUGAGUUAACAUUUAUAGAUAAUUUUAUGAUUGGAUGUUCAAAUUUCUUAUUUGUUAAUCAAUUAAAUAAUUUUAAAGUUGAUGUAUUUAUUAAUUUAGAUACUAAUGAAGUUAAAUAUCCUCAUCAUGGGACUAAACCUGAAGAUUUAACCUUAACUGAUAAAGAUAAGAAAUUUAUUAAUUCUAUAAUUAAUAAUAUAACAAAUGCUACUGAUACUGAUUCUUAUUAUGGUAAUGAUGAUUAUAUUCGAAAUCAAUUCGAAGAUUAUUUAUUAUCAUUAUUAUCAACGACUCGAUUCUUUCAAUAUCAAGAAAAAUUUAAUCAAUUUCCUCCUGGUUUUGAUAUUAAUGGUCCAACAGUUUCCGUGAAACAUACGGGGAAUUUAUCAUAUUUUAAUGAUAAAUUUAUUGAACAUUGGAAAAAGACUCAAAACUUUAAGAUCUGGAAUCUUAUGGCGGAUGAAUUUAUCUUUAAUUUCAUUAAUCCUAAUCAUAUAGCUUUUGAUAUUGUUGAUGUUAAUGCAUCAUCGAAUACCAAUCAGAUUACUCAAUUUUUUAAUAAUUUUAAAUUCAAACAAACUGAUUUGGCAACUAGUUCUACCACAUCGUCCAGUAAUAUUAUAGAUCAUGAAUUGAAACCGCAAAAGUUCAUAGUGGAAGAUAAUACUAAUACUAAUACUAAUACUAAUACUAAUACUAAUACUAAUACUAAUACUAAUAAUACGACUUCUAACGAUCAUAGUAAUGAAAUUAAAGGUAAUGGUAAUGAUAAUGACAAUGAUGAUGAAUUUGUAAAUGUAAACAAUGCCCCUCAGGAGCCAAUAGGAAAGCGCAUAGCCAGCUGGACUUCCGGGUGGGGUCUUAAGAAGAAAUAGUUUAUAGUGUAGACAUAUUUUAUAAUACAUUCAUUAACUUUGCAUUAGACUGCAAAAAAAAAUCCAUCCCAUCGCAGCAGCCCUGCGAGAUGGAAAAAAUACCAAAAAUAAAAUAUACUAAAAAAAAAUUAAAAAAAAAUUAAAAAAU